CUUUUCUACCUACUAAAAGUAAACAAAUGGAUGCUGCAGCGCUCUGCUGUAAAAACAUGAAAAAUGUGACUAAACAGCGGGAAUUACAGCGACGAAAAUGCCCGGACAGAAGAGAAAAUACAACGUACGGUUCCCUCCUGGUCGAAUCAAAAAAAUCAUGCAGAAGGACACAGAAGUUGGGAGAAUAGCGAUGGCAGUUCCGGUGAUCAUCGCCCGGGCUUUGGAGAUGUUCCUGAAGUCUUUGCUGACCAAAACCUGCUUGAUUACUCAGGCGAAGUUCAACAACGUCGUGUCUGUGGCUCACAUGAAGCAGUGCAUAGAGUCAGAAAAAUUGUUUCAUUUUCUCAAAGACCUGGCAGAGGGAGCCACGUCUACAGCAACCCAGAAGGACAACCGAGGCUUGAGUGUUUGGCCUCCCAUACACAGGAACAAAAAGGUCAACGUCGCCGCUAAAAACCCAUCUGGAGCAGGAGAGACUGUUCCCCAAAGGAGCCACGGCCCACACGACACCGACUCAGUUUCAAGUGUACAUAUCCGGUUACUGAACACGCAACCGACACACACCCGACCGACAGCUAAGGAGGUAGAAUUGGUGUCUGGUGAAACACACAGGACCAGUGAAAAGUUUAGAUGCGCUCAUCGUGGGUGUGAUUGUCAUGUUGAUUUUGGACUUUUAAUAGUUAAUUUGAACAGUUCUUCUUCUCGGGUGGAAUCGUAGUUCAGCACACGACUUCAGUGAAUUCUAAAAUCAAAACUGAGGGGGCAGAAUUUUAUAGUCAUCGUGGAUUUUUUUUUCCUUGCUCCACCUGGGAGAGCAAACUAUAAAUCCUCAGAUAUAUUUAUAGGUGUGUAGGAAGAACUAGUUAUGACUUUGCUGUUUUAAUGUUUGAAGGUCAAAGUGAAUUUGAGGUAAACACCAAAUAUUGUCUGGAAGUACUUUACCCUAUUCUAGCAUAUGUUAUUCAUAAUGUAAGUACUGGUUUCAUAAGAUUUCUAUUAGAAACAGAUUGAUUUGGGAAAACAUUUCUGCUGCUCAAAACUUAUUUUCUAAUUAUAUUUGCGUAAAUGUUUUAAUUUUAGUUGUUAAAUUUCCCAAACUUGCACAUAGCUGUCUUCUUUUGUCUGGCUGAUGACAUCAUUGUAAGAUAUUAAAUCAGAUGAGUUACUUCAGUAGCCUUUUUUAUGGAAUACUUUUUUUACUCUUGAGUAAAUUCCUGGACUUUUACACUUUUACUUGAGUAAAAAUAUGCUGAAGUAGAGCUGCUCUACCCUCUGACACCAACUACUGCUAGAUGGACAAAAAUGUCCCUUUGCAUGUUGUGUCACAUGCUUUCUGUAUCCAUCAACAAGCUUCUGGACAAAUUCUGUUUGGAUUUUUUUUCAUCGCUGCUCUCAUCACAAACAGAAGAUGAUACUUAAUACGUUUUAAAGCAUGGUUUUUUUUAAGCGUAGCUCACCAAUAAUUGAUAGGGUUGAGGUCAUUCCAGAGGCUUUACUGUUAGCCUAUCUUAUUUAUUCCUAAGCCUGUUUGGAUGUGUGUCUGCCUGGUCCAGUUGGAACAGAAUAGUUGCGUCCUCGCCAGGAAACAAUAAAUUUAAAUACAUUUUACAUUUCCUGAUAAGCAGCCAAAUCUCCGGCUUGGAAAUAUCUCUGCGACUUUUCUCACAGCUACAAAAAGCGCAAGCGUUCUCUACGAUCUUUGAGAGUUAAGACAUAUUUACAUCAAACAUGCUUCAUUAAAAGGCCAAAAUUAACGAUAUUCAUGCCCUUCUUAUUGGCACUCUGAAUUCAUAUCUGAGUAAAUGCACCCUCUGUAGAUAUACCAGGGUAUUGCACAUUGGGGUAAUUAGUAACUACUUCAUCUUUUUUUCUUCUUUUUUUUCCCCCCCAGGAGUCGAAGCUCUACAUCUGCUUAUAACGUGGCCUUCCCAGCAGCACAUCUUUUCUGUUCACAUGUCAUUAGGCUUUGGAGUGACUCAACAAAACAAAACAAAACAAAAAAAAAAAACAGACAAAAACUCUGUUCACAAUAACCUACAUCAAUCUGUUUUUGGACAGUAAGAGGGAAGAAAUUGAAUUUAUGCAACAGUUUGAAUCUGAACCAACAUGCAGAGCUUUGGUAAAGAACAGAACGUCCAUCCAGGACAGAUUUCUGCUACAGUUUUUUUUUAUUUUGUGUGUGCAUAGUUUUGAAUACUUUGAAAGUCUGCACUGUUAAAUGUAAGUUUUGUGUUUUUUUUUUUCAUUUUUAGCUUGCCUGCAGAUUUGAGGUUAGCAUCAUGAACCGUUUAACCCCUGUAGCCUUCAAAUGAUUGAUUUUUUGUUUUGUUUUGCCGAUUUUGUUAAUUAUAAGUGCUUACUUUUUAAUAUUUUUAAAGCACUUGUAAAUACAUAUUUUUUUGAAUGAAACUUGUAAAUAACUCAAGGCAGGAAGUAAAUAAAACUAAGCAAGAGC